CCGUGUCGUAUCUACAUUUUAAUUUUUGUAUUGUGGUCAACGAAUCAUGGUCUUGUUACAUGUUAAACGAAGUGAUCAGAGCCAAUUUCUGUACGACACAAAGUUGGACAAAACAAUCGAAGGACUAACUCACGAAAUUGUGAACAUAUUCAAUGGUCGUUUAAAAAUCGGUCGAAUUGCGGCUGAAGUUGAUGAAUUGAUAAAAUAUGGCCCAAUGUAUCCACCGGAAAUUCUCGGACUAACUGAAGAACAAGUGGAAGAAUUAAAAUUGGUCGAUCCGUGGGAGGAAAAGGUAACACCUAGUGGUGGUUGGGUGUUCAAUAAAGAUCCGAUUGGUAGACGAAAUGGCCGUCAACCGAAUGCUAAGAUGGGAGAAAUAUUGCAAAAAACCGUUGAUGAAUCUCGUUCGAUGAUCAGCAAGAAGUUGGUCGAAUCAAAUACAACAUUAACGUACCAGACCGUACAGAGGGCACUGGAUAAUAUUCGCGGUGCUGUUACCAUUGUUUAUCCAAUGGGCUUACCACCGCAUGAUAACAUCUACAUGGAACUAACCAAUACGGAAGACCUGAGCGGAACACAAGCAUUGAAUGAAAUCGUUGAACCGGCCACGGCACAACUAUGGUUCGCAGGACAUCAAAUGUAUCCCGAUAAGCAUUUGUUCGAUUAUUUGGGACGAAACGAUAAGAGUAAGGUAGUCAUCAAGCUAGCGAAAAAUGGUGAAGGUGCUCCCGGUCGUGAGCCGAUUUUGUCCGAACAGGAGCGUAAACAUUUGAUGGCACAACAGUAUCGUCGCCAGGAGGAAUUGAAGAAUUUAGAAAAAGAUGAUGAAGAUCAAUAUCUGAAUUCGAAAUGGGCUGAUAGUGGCAACCUGAAGCGGCAAUUGCAUGGCCUAGACAAGGUUGAUUUUCGUUCGAAAUUCUGUUAAUUGUACAUCUGAUUGAUAUAGUGUGAUGACAUAAUGAAGACGAUAACGGUUUCGUAUGAAAAGUCACAACAAUAUUUCUUAUCUUUCACUUAUCGGUUGGGUUAGAUUUGCGGCUAUAAAUAAAUUGUAUUGUGGACUUGAA